AUGAGCGCGAGGCGUUCGCCCAGACUAUCUCCGGGAAAGGCAACGACCGCCAUCGAACCAGUAGCAGGCGGUGGUGGCCGUGGCGCUCGCGGGCCGCCGAACGCCAAGCGGCUGAGACGCGCUACCGCACCCGAGGCCGCAGCUAACGGCGGCGCUCGUGCCGCAAGCCAAGAGGGGAAGAAGCCGGACAAGGAAGAGGAGAACGGACCCUCGGCCUACGAGCUGCAGAGGCUCGCCAAGAUGAAAGAGAACGCGAUGAUGAUGGCCUCUCUGGGCCUCGGCGGCGCCAAGGACAACAUGCGCAAGGCUGUCAACAGCGACGCAGCCCAGAGGGCGAAGGCGCGGGGCCUGGGGCCCCGGCCGAACAAGGUCUAUCCUGCCAGAAGCAGGGAGUCUGCACGAGUGCGAGGCAAAACGCCAGAGGGUUUGCCGAUGGAGGACCCGGAAGAGGCGUUCAAUCGUAGGAGGCAGGGUUUCGGCGCUCAGGGAACGGCGGCGGCGGCGGCGGCGGCGGCAUCACCUAGGUCGCCUCGCAUUGAAGGAGACGUUUCCAUGGAGGCAACCAACAGCACCCUCGACGGGACUGUGCGCCUGAGACAGAUGAUGGGUGGGCUUGUUGGUCGCUACGACAGGGACGGCAACGAAGAGGACUAUGAGCUAGCCGAGCCGGACGACGCCUUGAAAAGGUUAUCCUGCCUGAAGGUGGAGGAGACGGGCGUGUGCAAGGUGGUUAGGGAGCGAGCGUACAGCACGACGUGGCACCCUUCCGGGGACAAGCUUCUUCUUGCUGUGGGGGACAAGGUGGGAAACGUGGGACUGUGGACCGUGGAUGAGACCGACGAUAGGGACGCAGCGCACGGGGUGUUCCAGUUCAAGCCUCACACCGGGGCAGUGCCCCGCAUGACUUUCGACCCGUUGGACGGCAACAAGCUGCUUUCCACCUCCUACGACGGGACUGUUAGAAGGAUGGACGUAGAGAAGGGUGCCUUCGAACAGGUGUUUGGCAACAAGGCGGGAGAAGACGCGUUUUUCACGGACGGCCAUCUGGUUGCGGAGGACAGGUUGCUGCUGUUAUCAGACGGCGUGGGCGAUAUCACUGCCGUAGACCUCCGCACCACCACACAAGUUUGGAAGCGCGAGGCCCACGAAAAGAAAGUGAACACCGUGCACGUGCAUCCCGGCAACAGGCACCUCUUCGUUACGCCUGCGACAUCGGGUUUUCCUUGA